AUGAGUGCACCAUUUUACAGUUUUGACCCAUGCGUGUGCACAGGACUACCUUGCGGUGCGUGUUAUCCGUACACAACAAAACCAUGUGUGGCGUCGUGUAACAACCUUGGUGUCUGUUCUGUUUGCCCUGGAGGUGGCUGCUCUCCAUGCCCGGCGCCAGUACGUCCUUGCCCGGCACCCUGCCCACCACCACCAGUCCUACCAUGCUUACCUCCUUGUCCGCCAUGUGAUAAGCCAGCGAGACCGGUACCUCCACCUGCACGUCUUUGUGAUUCUAUAGCAAUUCCCUGCUGUCGACCCAAUCGCUGCAAGCCGUGCCCUUGUUACUGCUGCACUGAACCCGCCAUAUGUUCACCAAAGUACUGCAGCUAUCCGGGAGUGCCAGUUUGCUGUGGAUGCUGUGGUCCUUCUAUGCCAGUUUGGUAG